GCCCAAUCCAAGCGGAGAGAGCGCGCGGACGCAGCAGUGGCGGCACAGGCGCGGGAAUAGGACGGGGGCGGGCCCGUCGGCGGUGCCGUGCGAUCGAGCGAGGCGGGUGUCGGCUGCCGGCUGCAUGGGGCGGCGGCGGCGCCGGGUGGACCGGGCGGAUGGGGCGGGGGCCUUGCCCGAGGCCAUCGCCUCGCUGAGUCGGACGCUGCCCGGCGGUCCCAGCCCCGAGACGUUUCGCCGCGCCAAGUUCGACCGUCCGGAGGCGGCCCCGGCGCUAUGGCGGCUGCUCUUCUGUGUGCUCUCGCAGCUGGGGGUUGGCGGCGCCACGGCCUCCCCCGCCCCGGAGGCCCAAGCCCGUUGGGUGAAGUCAGAGCUGCUCUCCCAGGGCUACCCCCGGCAGGGGCUCGCUCAGCUCCCCGAGGAUGGUUCCGGGGGCAGCCGCGAGCUGCUCCUGGCUCUUUCCUGGCUCCUGGCCCGCCAGCCCCUGCCAGAGCGGCUGCUGGCCCAGACCCACGUGCAGCUGGGCGACGAGAUGCCUGUGUGUGAGUGUGACAUCCUGGCCAGCCAAGGCCUGCCUGCACCAAGAGCAGAAGCAGAUGGCCCCGUGGAUGCCCGCCACCUGCAGUGGCUGAUGGGAAAGCUGCGGUUCCGGUGGCGAACACUGAUGGCCAGUCAGCAGGAGCAGUGUGCCCUCCUGGGCAAGAUCCACUGGUACACUCGAGGCUGCCACAGUGACCGCCGCCUGGGCCACCUGUCUGUUGCCGAAACGGAGCUGCUCAGGGACCCUGAGAGUGGCCGGCAGCUGCUGCGGAGGCUGGAGAGUGAGAACGCACGCCUGGAGGCCGCUCUGGAGUGGCGGCACCGGGAGGUGGUCUUCUGGCCCUGGAUGGACACGGUCCUGGGAGCCUGCCCCCCGGAGACCCCACAGCCUGCGUCUGUGCCCAGGCCCUGCGAGUUUGGGGCUGAGGAGCUGGAGCGGCAGCUGCGGGCCCUGCAAGAGGAGCUGCGGGCUGCGGUGGAGGCCCGGCGGGCGGCCUGGGAGGCCAGGGUUGGAGGCCGGGGCCUGGAGUGGAGCGUUGCCCAGCGGGCCACACAGGAAGCUGUGGGUCAGGAGCUGGUGGCCCUGCGGCAGGCCUGGGAGCGAGGUGGGGACCUGGCCCGGGCCCAUGGGCCCUGCCGGCUGGUGAGGACCGAGGCUGGGGUGCCAGCGGGCCCGGGCCUGCAGGCUGCCCAGGUGAUCAGGGUGCUGCAGAGCCGGGAGGCCUGCCUGGAGGAGACGCUGCGCCAGCUCCAGGCCCAGUGUCAGCAGCAGCUGGCCAGGCUGGCGGGAGCCCUGCCCAGCCUCAUCUGGAUCCUGCCUCCUGGACGCUGAGGACACCUCUUGUGACCUGGCCCAGCCUCAGAGGGGCAGAUUCCACGCUCAGUGGCCACAGGGUCGACACAGAAGCAGGAUCCCAGCCUCCGAGCCCUGGGUUCGGCCCCACUUUGGACAGAGCUCGGCCCAGGCCAGCAGCAGCGGAGCUGCCCAGACAUUCCCCAGUCAGGAGGUCGUGGCAAGUCCAGUGAGGUGGCUGUGGGCUUUCAGGGUCCAAGGGGUCUCCGAAGUAGAGGUGGAGGCCACCCUGCAGGGGCUCGGCUGCUGGCUGCGCCUCCACCACACUCUUAGGUUGCUGUCUGGGGGCGGGAGUGGCAGGGAGACCCUGGCAGUGGCGCCUGGACGGGGCAGGGCCUGCAGCACAGGGUGGCGUCAGGGCCCUGGGGGAGGGCAUUGCCCUGGACGCCCUCUGUGUCCCUCAUCCUGGCUGUCAUUGUGCCCCCUGGGUGCGCCUGCGCCUGAGCCUGGCAUGUGCGUGGGGGGCUCCUGGAGCUGGGGGAGGGGUGGUGCGUGGGGUGAGGGGGUGGCCACCGUGGACAGAGGGGCUUUGUCCCUGAGGCUGCUCAGUGAGCGGGGCUCAGUCCUGACAAAGAGCCGUCUGUGUGCAGGGGGUGGGCCCUCGGCUGCUGACACAACGGCCCCCCAGGAGGCGCAGGCGGCCUCAGCCUUGUCCCCUCUCCAGGCUCCCCUCUUCCCAGGGCAGUCCAGUCCCAAAUCCCAGUGGCUGCUGGGCCAGUGAAGGGGCUGGUGGGAGGGCUGCCUCCUGUAGCUGCCAUCUUGGGCCUGCGCCGCGCCCACCCCCGGGGUCUCCUGCCCACCCCCUCCUGCCAGAUGGUCUCCGCUCAGCCUCCCCUGCACACCCCUGAGCCUGUGCUCCUGGGCCAGUCCCCAGGGAGUCCCCAGGCCUGCGCCCACUGUCCUGGCCUGGCACCUCUCUCCACGCCCUUGGCACCACCGCCCCAGCUGCUCUGGGUCCCGUCACUCCCUGCUGGCUCUAGCUGUGGCCCUGCACACGGGGCCAGAUCCUCCACCUGCACCCUCGGGUCCUGUGAGGUCACUCCUGGACCCCUGCAGCCGUGCCCCUACUGCGCCCUGGGCCGUGUGGACUGCCGGCGGCCAGGACAGCCACCGGCCCUCGCACCCCUGAUUGUUAGGAACCUAAAUGAAUAAAUGGAGCUGUCACUUCUCAAA